CUAAACAGACCUGACCCCUUGGACUUUGGACAGAUCAGGAACUGGGAUAAGGGCUGAGUAGUGAUCCUGCCAUCCAGGGCUAGGGCUGAGUGUGCCCUGCUCUCUUCCAAGUUGCAAGUUUCUCAGAUAUUUCCUGUGAUUCCCCACAGGUAUCAUGUGGAUAUUUAUUCUCCCGAAGAAGCCGUUCUUCAAUGUUAAUAUCCAUUUGUUUCCAAGACUAGCAAGAGCUCACAUCUAUACCCUGAUGUCUCAAUGGCAGAAGAAGACCUCAGUCCAGAAGAAUUCCCAGGUGCUGGGUGCCACACAGUUUAGGAGAUUGGCUGACCUCCCCGAAGACAAUGCUGUGCCUACUUCUGCUUCAAAGAGUAGAAAAUCCAAGGAUAAAUGGUCCUUUCCUGUAUUAGAUGGAAGGAUUCAUCAGGGACACAAUGAUACAACUGAAGCAAACCUGAGAAACAGUGAAGCUUGUAUUCAGAGAUAUUUAGAGUUACUUGGAAAAGUCUGCCAAAGAAAAGAAAAGGACAUCCUAAGACACAUUCGAGACAACCAUAAGCUAUUGGCCCGUGACCGUCUCAGGCUGGUUCUAGAUGAUGACAGCUUCUUUGAGCUUUCCCCGCUGGCUGGCUAUGAUUUAUCCUAUGGUACAAUCUCAAAUGCUGGCUGUCUCACUGGAAUUGGGAAAAUAAGUGGAGUUUGGUGCAUGUUAAUUGCCAAUGAUGCAACAGUGAAGGGAGGAACUCUGUAUCCUAUCACAGUGAAGAAACAUCUUCGAGCUCAAAACAUCGCAAUUUUGAACCGUUUGCCAACAGUGUAUUUGAUGGACAGUGGAGGAGCAUUUCUGCCCCUACAGGCAGAGAUUUUCCCAGAUCAUUGCCAUGGUGGAAGAAUUUUCUAUAAUGUAGCUCUCAUGUCCUCUAUGAAGAUUCCUCAGGUGGCAGUGGUGUGCGGUUCUUGCAUUGCCGGAGCUGCCUAUGUUCCUAGUAUUGCAGAUGAAACUAUCAUCAUAGACAAGAUUGGCUCCAUGUUUCUUGCUGGGCCUCCCCUGGUAAAAGCUGCUACAGGAGAAGAUAUUUCUGUUGAAGAGCUAGGAGGAGCCACUCUGCAUUCUCGAGUCAGUGGUGGUAUUGAUUAUAUCACAUCUACAGAGGAAGAAGCCUAUGAACAGGUUCGGAGUAUUGUGAUGACCUUCAAUUGUGGAAAGCAGAUCACAGAGUCUGUGGAGUACGAUGAUCCCUUAUACAGCCCAGAGGAGCUGAAUGCUUUGGCCCCACAGAACCAUGAAUGUAGCCUAGAUGUGAAACUGAUUAUGAGUCGUUUGAUUGAUGGGAGUCGAUUCCAGGAAUUCAAAGCUGAAUAUGGAACCACUCUUGUAACAGGAUUUGCUCAUGUAAAAGGGUAUCUCAUUGGCCUGGUGGCGAACAAUGGGGAGCUCACCUAUCAGGCCUCCCUCAAGGGCAGCAACUUCGUAACUCUGUGCAGUCACCAGAACAUCCCCAUCUUGUUUCUCCUGAAUAGUGUCCCACGAACAUCUCCAUGCACAAGCCUUGCACAGGCAGAGGAUCUAGGCAGAAGAAUCAAGGCCCAGGCCUGUAUGAUGGCCACCAUCGCUUGUGCAGAAGUCCCCAAGAUAACUCUGGUCAUUGGUGGCUGUUUUGGAAACGACAGCUAUGCUAUGUGUGGAAGAUCGUUCGACCCUAAUUUCUUGUUCCUGUGGCCCAAUGCAAGAGUUGCUCUUGUUGAUUGCAGAUCUCCAUUUGUUGACUUUCUAGAAGGAGAUGAAAACUUCACCAUGGACAAAUCUACAUUAAAGAAUCUGGAGAAAAAACUGGAGAAUGAAAGCACAGCCUUUUAUUCCUCGGCCAGACUGUGGGAUGAUGGAGUUAUACUACCCCAGAAUUCCAGAGAGGUGAUUGCAAAGUGCUUAGAGAUCAUCAAACAGAAGGACCACCAGACUCUCACUUUUCAGCAGCAGCCCAUUCUCCGAAUGUAAUUUAAAAAUGAUUGUUAAGUGUAUGAAAUACUGUACUUCAAGGAACUUUUGCUUUGUACAACCAUGGGAUUGGAUUGGUGUUGAUUUACUGAAACUGAAGAAGUUGAACAAAAGAGGGAAACAGAAAUUUACUAUGAAUGCUAAAUCAUUAACCUUCAACUGCUUCAGGUUCCCCACUUCUGUAUGGUUUCCUAGCAAAGAAAGAGUAUCCUAGUAAAGAAAGGCUUGGGCUUAAAGACCGGAGUCCUUGGACUUGAUUCCUGAUUCUUAGACUUAUUAGCUGGGUUACCCAGCUUUGUAAGCACCUGUUUUAUCAAAUCGAUGGGGAGAAUGACUGAUGUGGUCCCAAUUUUUAGAGCAUGGACAAUAUGGCUUGGGAAGUCAGCCUUUGGAAUAUGUAAUGGAGGGGCCUUCUCCCUUCCUGUUUCGACCCAUGUGAAGGUAACUUCUAUUUGGUUUGUUGGUCAUGGAAAUGCUCUCCAUUGGUUGCUGAAUCAGAAGUGUGCAAAUGUGCAAAGGCUGGAAUAGAAAAUGGAUGAAUUCUCCCUCCCCUAGUGAUCACUGAAGCAAGAACCCCUGGAGUUCUUGCAAGCCCCCCACAGGGUAGUUGGGAGUGGGGUGAGAGCCACAGUACAAGCGGUAUAGCCAGCUGUCUGUCGUGGUUCCCUUCUUUCCCCACUGAAUACAUUAUCCUGCCUGUUUCUGCUCCUU